UCCGGUUUAAGUGUCUUCUUAUCAGUUGGAAACCGAGUCCAGCAGUUUAAUCCCAUUGAGCAUUAGAGUUCAGUAUAACUGAGCAGUUUCAAGUGUUUGGACAUAGCGACGAGAGAAAUUAAAAAAACAAAAUUAAAAAAAUCCUUUAGAAUGGCUUCAAAGAGAAUGGAUUUAAAUAGAAGUACCUUUUUGGUAUUGAGUGGCUGUUCGAAUCCCCUGGGACAAUCCUUGGCCACAGAAUUGUGCAACCGUUUGGGUCAAGGAUCUGUGGCUCUUAUAUUGGAUGAGAGUCACCAGGAAUUGCAGAAAUUGGAAAAGGAAUUAAAGGCUCAAUUGGAUACGAAAUCUGAAAUACACUUGGAAAUGGGUCAAUUGAAUGUCAAUCAUUCGAAUGGUGUCCAAUUGAUGGAGAAUGUCUUGAAGAAGUUCCAGAAUAUGCAGUUUCAACGUUCGAUCAUUGUGCACAACGAGGGCGAGGCAUCUACUCAUUGCCUGUUGGAGCCCCAGGUACCCAAGGAUUGGACAAAAUAUGUGCAAAAACAACUCUAUGCUCCUGUGGCCCUAAAUCAACACUGGCUAAAUAGCAAGCACUUGCAGAAUGUCGAGAAACUGGCCAUCAAUGUGACCUCAUCCCUUCAAGUACGUCCCAUGGUCUACAAUGGAUUACUCUGCUCGUGCAAGCGGGCUCGUGACAUGUACUUCCGUGCCAUGGCCUCCGAGGAGGAGGCGGUCACCUCCAACACUGCUGGCCCUCUGCAUGUCCUGACCUAUGGUCCCGGCUUGCUAACUACCCAUCAGACGCAAUGUGAUCUCAACGGCAAUGUGAUUGAACCCGAGGAACUGUUGGCUUAUUCAUUAUGCCCAAAUUCGUACCCGGAAUUGCCACGUCGUGUCCAGCCAUUGCAAUCGACAUUGAAACUGAUCAAUAUACUCGAGGAAAUCUCCUUUGUAUCCGGCCAUGAUGUGGACUACUACGACACUUUCGUUUUAUGAGUAGCAAUUUCGGGUGGGUGGGCCUCUCAUUCACUUUACACUGACAUCGAUGACGACUUUGGGUAUAUGAACAUUCUGAUUAUGAUUUCUGACAUAAAUAAACUAUGGUUGCUGACCCACCGCCUAUGGAAAUGGAUUAUGGAAA